CCCCUCAUUUCACUACCAUUUGCGCGAACGACACGACACGACGACGGCGGCCACAACUAAUUAUUUUUAUCCACGAGAUUCAUUGAAGUUUGAGCGUUUUAUUAUCUUUUAUUCGUUGUUUUUUUCAUCAAAACUUUGUUUAAACUAAGUUCCCUAAUGUACAAACAAAUACGCGAAUCUAGUUUUUGUUUGAUAGCAUUCACAAUUUAAGAGCGGAAGUGAAAGAAACGUUCAAUUUUGUGUUAACCCGGACGCCAAGAUUUGUGGUAUCUCUCUUGCAUUUACUUGUUGGGUUUCCCUCACCCAAAUUCUAUAAGAAUAAUAAUAAUUAUAAUUGGCUUAGCAUUAAUAUCAAGUAGUGCAAGUAUCACUUAAUAAACCUCUAAAGGUAAUUAUGUCUCAAGAAAUUGGUGUAUCCAAAGUGUGUUGCAUUGGGGCUGGCUAUGUUGGGGGUCCAACUUGCAGUGUGAUGGCAUACAAGUGUCCGGGAAUUACUGUCACAGUUGUAGACAAAAGUGUCGAACGCAUAGCUCAAUGGAAUUCCGAUAAACUUCCAAUUUACGAGCCAGGUCUUGAUGACGUCGUGAAGAAGUGCCGUAAUAUUAAUUUAUUCUUCUCAACUGACAUUGAAACUGCCAUAAAAGAAGCCGAUUUGAUAUUUAUUUCAGUAAAUACUCCAACAAAAACUUUUGGCAAUGGAAAAGGUCGAGCAGCUGAUUUGAAAUAUGUUGAGAGUGCAGCUCGAAUGAUUGCCGAAAUCGCUCAAUCGAAUAAGGUGGUUGUUGAAAAAAGUACAGUACCAGUGCGGGCCGCUGAAAGUAUAAUGCAUAUAUUACGUGCCAAUCAGAAGCCAGGAGUUCGCUAUGACAUUCUCUCCAAUCCUGAAUUCCUAGCUGAAGGAACAGCUAUCCAAGACUUGCUUCACGCUGAUCGGGUCCUAAUUGGAGGCGAAGAAACUCCAGAGGGUCAUAAGGCUGUAGAAAAACUCUCAUGGAUCUAUGAACAUUGGAUACCAAAAGAAAAUGUUUUAACCACAAAUACAUGGAGUUCUGAACUUUCUAAAUUAGCUGCCAAUGCAUUCCUUGCCCAACGAAUCUCUAGUAUUAACUCGUUAUCGGCAGUCUGUGAAGCUACCGGCGCUGAUGUUGCAGAAGUGGCAAGGGCAAUCGGGUUAGACUCACGAAUCGGUAGGAAAUUCCUUCAGGCUUCGGUUGGCUUUGGUGGCAGUUGUUUCCAAAAGGACAUUCUUAACUUGGUGUAUAUAUGUGAGGGUUUGAAUCUUCCAGAAGUUGCUGCCUACUGGCAACAAGUCAUCAAUAUGAAUGAGUACCAAAAGUCCCGAUUCUCACAAAAGAUAAUUGAAUGCCUCUUCAAUACGGUAUCGGAUAAGAGAAUAUCUAUCUUUGGAUUCGCUUUCAAAAAAGAUACUGGCGAUACUCGUGAAACACCAGCUAUCACUGUGUGCAAGACCCUCCUUGAAGAAGGUGCCAAAUUGGACAUUUACGAUCCGAAAGUGGAACCCGAACAGAUAAUCGAUGAUUUGACACAUCCCUCAGUAACUGAUUCCCCAGAGGAUGUCAAACAGGCAGUACAAAUCCAUAGCGAUCCGUAUAGCGCUGUUCGGGAUACUCACGCAAUAGUCCUCUGCACCGAAUGGGAUGAGUUUGUUGCACUUGACUAUAAACGCAUUUACCAAUCGAUGAUGAAACCAGCAUACAUCUUCGAUGGCCGAAAAAUCCUUGACCACGAAAAGUUACUUCAAAUCGGUUUUCACGUGCAGACAAUCGGAAAACGAUACAAUCGAUCCAGUUUAAUGAGGACAUGGGGCAGCAUUCCCCAGCUGUAAGGAAGUACGAAGAAAAAGAAGAAUAAUGUUCUAAAUUGUGUCUCCUACCACGUUCACUAAGGAAAUUAUUUACAGGAUACACUCCAAUUUAUGACACACAAAUCAAACACACAGUAUUUUUUGAUAAUUUUGUAUUUAUUUGCAAUGACUUAAGACCGGGAUUUUUUGUUUACAAAUUUUAGUGUCGUCUUUUAACUUUUUAUAAAUUCAUGUAUGUUGCAAUUUUAUACAUUUAUAUAUUCCUUAAUUUUUGUCCUAUUUACGUGUUUCUAUUUUAAUUUUUGUACUAAGUUGAAACUAUAUUUUUUUUCUUCUCAUUUUUAAUUGUGUGUUCAAUUUAAUUGAAAGAAGAAAGGAUACGAAAAAUCAUUAAUUAUCUUGCAAUAUGUAAACUUUAAUUUUUAAUAGAUUUUAAGCGCGACAGAAAUAAUAUAUAUAUAUAUACACAAUACAUAUUAUAUUUUAGAUUAUAAAAUAAAUAAUUUUAUUUUUCACUAAAUGAACCAAUAAAAAACAA